GACAACUGUACGACAGUUUCCGUCCAGCAGAAGAGCGUAUACCUGGCCGCAUCAGAGCUGACUGCAGGGCCUUCAUACCUGUCCGGCAGCCAUGGGAGGAAGGUGGUGUGCAUCGCUUCUGCUCCUUAUAACAGUCGCGCCUGUAAGGCCUCUCGACUUCAACAUCACCUCGACAUGGGACGGGAAGCCCCUAGGGAAGGAGCGGCCUGUCCAGCUGCACCUGUCGGGGAGUCCUGACGGGGAACACCUGGAGGUCAGCAUCAUCGCGCCCUUCUACGAUGACCCGCCUUCCUCUGACGCGCCUUCGGGAGAGUCGGUUAUUCCGCUUUACAGAGACGAAGUGGUGGAAGCUUAUUUCCUCAACGAUGAAGACCAGUAUUUUCAAGUGCAAUUAACUCCACGGGGCCAUUACCAGGGACACCUAUACAACGGCGAGCGAGUUUGGAUACGUUUCCACCUGCCGUUAAUGACCACCGCGCGCAUUAACCGGGAAUCGAAUACCUGGACGGGCCUGAUUAAGAUUCCUGUUGAUUACUUGCCUCGUAAUGUGACAAAGUUCAACGCCUUUGCCAUGCACGGAGCGAAUGCAAACCGUCAAUUCUGGAGUCUCUUCCCAUCCGACGGGUCUCUCACCGAACCGGACUUCCAUGCGUUGCAGUUCUUUGAGGAGGUCGACUUCACGCAGAUACUCCCCAAUCUCCCCGAGGAGUCUUCUCAACUCUGGCUUGAUGCCGUCGAAGGGAUCUUCCGAUACCACAUCAAGACAGAAUGGAAUAGUAAACCCGUCACUCACGAACCUGUCGAAAUUAAACUCCAAGGAUUCGAGGCAGGUGUUGAGAUGAACGUCACGGCUCCCUUCUUCAAUGACCCCAAGCCCGACGGUCCUUCUGGCCAGCCCUUCUACGGUCUCUGGGACUACGAGGUCGUGGAGAUGUUCUUCCUCAACGACAACGACGAGUAUCUCGAGGUGGAGCUCGGACCUUGGGGGCAGCACCUCCUCCUCCUGCUCAAGGGCGCCCGCAACGCCAUCAAGCACUCCAUGCCCCUAGACUACAUCGCUCAGGUCCCAACGACAACGGACGGCAAGUGGACGGGGUCGGCCUUGAUCCCCCCCGAGUAUUUCCCCCCGAACGUGACCCGCAUCAACGCCUACGCCAUCCACGGCACGGACAAGGACAGGGUCUACGAGUCGCUCUUCCCGGCGCCCGAAAACGACCUGGAUUAUCCCCAGCCGGACUUCCACCGCCUGGAGCUGUUCAAGCCGAUCGACUUCCAGUUCCAAAUGCCCAACAACUCGGAGUACUCGCAGCUGUGGCAGGACGCUAUGACCAGCGGCGGGAAAUCGUCGACGGGAAUCUCGCCAGUGGUUAAGGAUGAGGAGGAGGUGGAGAUAACGACGACGCUGGGUCUCCGCGACGAAGACGAGGAGUUCGUGACCACGUUCGCUCCCGAGACGGCGAGGCCCUUCUCUUCCUCCUCUUCCUCGACGCGCCGCAGGGGAGGCCAGGGAGGCUCCUCCACGCGACGAAGGAGGCCGAUGCCGCACAGGGUGGACACGCAAGUUGUGCCGCGAGGGCAGAGCCGGAAGGAGGACCAGUCUCUGUUCCAGCAGCGGCGGGGGGAGGCGCAGUUCUUCAACCCCGGCCCCGUGCCCAGACCUCAUCAGGUCCGGGGAACCGCUCCGGGUCGGUUCCAGGACCGUGUGCUCGUGUCGGAGGCGGCGGACCAGAAUCGGAAUGUCGAUCAGCGGUUCUCGCAGGGGAAUGAUGGAUUCCAAAACCAAGGAUUCCAGUUCCAGGAUCAAGGACGCCCCCAGGUAGCAUUCCAGGAUCAGGGACGCCCCCAGGUAGCAUUCCAGAAUCGGGAUAGGUUCGAAGAGAGUCGCCCAUUCCAGAACCAAGGGCAGUUCCGACCUCCUCAGCAGGAUCGUAAUCGGUUUGAAGAAACUCGCCCAUUCCAGAACCAGGGACAGCCGCAGCAGGAUAGGUUCGAAGAGACCCUCCCCUUCCAGAGCCAAGGGCAAUUCCGACCUCCACAGCAGUUCCAGGGCCAAGGACAGCAACAAUUCUUACCUCCACAGCAGAUUCAGGAACAGACCCAGCAGCAAUUCCUACCUCCCCAGCGAUUCCAAGAACAGGGAGAGCAGCUAUUCCAAACCCGACCCGAAGCGCCAGCGUUCCAGGAGCGCGACCAGUACGAAGAGCCGCAGUCGUUCCCGCAAGGCCAAGACCCGCAGGUGUUCCUAGCACCGCAGCCGGACGAAGAGCAGUUCGAGACGCAGCCGCCGUUCUUCCC